AUGGGGCCUGGGGGAAAGAUGGUGGGGACCAAAGCCUGGGUGUUCUUCUUCCUGGUCCUGGAGUUCACCCCUGUGUUGGGGAGGCAGACGAUGCUCAUUCAGUCAGUGAGAAGAGUCCAGCCUGGGAAGAGGACCCUCAGCGUCUUCGCCAAGCCUGCUGACCCCCUGGAGAUUCCUGGUGAGUGGACAACAUGGUUCAACAUUGACCACCCAAGUGGGAAGGGUGACUACGAGCGGCUGGAUGCUAUUCACUUCUACUAUGGAGACCGUGUGUGUGCUCGGCCCCUGCGGCUUGAGGCUCGCACUACUGACUGGAGGCCUGCAGGCAGCACUGGCCAGGUGGUCCAUGGCAGUCCCCGUGAGGGCUUCUGGUGCCUCAACAGGGAGCAGCGGCCCGGCCAGAACUGCUCCAAUUACACCGUACGCUUCCUCUGCCCGCCAGGGUCCCUGCGCCGAGACACAGAGCGCAUUUGGAGCCCGUGGUCUCCCUGGAGCAAGUGUUCUGCUCCCUGUGGUCACACUGGCGUCCAGACCCGCACGCGCACCUGCUUGGCGGAGACGGUGUCACUGUGCAGUGAGGCCGCUGAGCAGGGCCGGCACUGCAUGGACCAGGCCUGUUCAGCCUGUGACCUGACCUGCCCCAUGGGCCAAGUGAAUGCUGACUGUGAUGCCUGCAUGUGCCAGGACUUCGUGCUGCGUGGGGCUGUCUCCCUCCCUGGGGGUGCCCCAGCCUCAGGGGCCACUGUCUAUCUGUUGACAAAAAUGCCUAAGCCACUGACCCAGACAGACAGCAGUGGGAGGUUCCGAGUCCCUGGCUUGUGCCCCGAUGGCAAAAGCAUCCUGAAGAUCACAAAGGCCAAGUUUGCCCCCAUCGUGCUCACAAUGCCAAAGACUAGCUUGAAGGCAGUCACCAUUAAUGCGGAGUUCAAGAGGGCAGAGACUCCAUACAUUGUGAUGAACCCCAAUACAAAAGCACGGAGAGCUGGGCAGAGUGUGGCCUUGUGCUGUAAGGCCACGGGGAAGCCUAGUCCAGACAAGUACUUCUGGUACCACAAUGGCACGCUGCUGGAUCCCUCUCUCUACAAGCAUGAGAGCAAGCUGGUGCUGAGGAACGUGCAGCGGGAACAGGCUGGGGAGUACUUCUGCAAGGCCCAGAGUGAUGCUGGGGCUGUGAAGUCCAAAGUUGCCCAGCUGACUGUCAUAGCCCCUGAUGAGACUCCUUGCAACCCAACCCCUGAGAGCUACCUUAUCCGGCUGCCCCACGAUUGCUUCCAGAAUGCCACCAACUCCUUCUACUAUGAUGUGGGCCAUUGCCCUGUCAAGACCUGUGCAGGGCAGCAGGAUAAUGGGGUCAGGUGCCGGGAUGCUGUGGAGAACUGCUGCGGCAUCUCCAAAACAGAAGAGAGGGAGAUCCAGUGCAGUGGGUACACGCUGCCCACCAAGGUGGCCACAAAGUGCAGCUGCCAGCGGUGUACAGAGACCCGGAGUAUCGUGCGGGGCCGUGUCAGCGCCGCUGACAAUGGGGAACCCAUGCGCUUUGGCCAUGUGUACAUGGGAGGCAACCGUGUGAGCAUGACUGGCUACAAGGGCACUUUCACCCUCAAUGUCCCCCAGGACACUGAGAGGCUGGUGCUCACAUUUGUGGAUAGGUUGCAGAAGUUCGUCAACACCACCAAAGUGCUGCCCUUCAACAAGAAGGGAAGUGCAGUGUUCCAUGAGAUCAAGAUGCUUCGGCGGAAAGAGCCCAUCAUCUUGGAGGCCGUGGAAACCAACAUCAUCCCCUUGGGGGAGAUGGAUGGCGAAGACCCUAUGGGUGAGCUGGAGAUCCCAUCCAAGAGUUUCUACAGGCAGAAUGGGGAGCCCUACACAGGAAAAGUGAAGGCCAGUGUGACCUUCCUGGAUCCCCGCAAUAUUGCCACAGCCACAGCUGCCCAGAGUGACCUAAACUUCAUCAAUGAUGAAGGAGACACCUUCCCUCUUCGGACAUACGGCAUGUUUUCUGUGGACUUCACAGAUGAGGCCACCUCAGAGUCACUUAAUGUUGGCAAGGUGAAGGUCCACCUCGACUCGACACAAGUCAAGAUGCCAGAGCAUGUGCCCAUGAUGAAACUCUGGUCGCUCAACCCAGACACAGGGCUGUGGGAGGAGGAAGAUGACUUCAAAUUUGAAAGCCAAAGGCGGAAGAGAAGGGAAGACAGAACCUUCCUGGUGGGCAACAUGGAGAUCCGCGAGAGGAGGCUCUUUAACCUGGACGUCCCUGAAAGCAGGAGGUGCUUUAUCAAGGUGAGGGCCUACCGGAGUGAGAGGUUCUUGCCCAGUGAGCAGAUCCAGGGGGUCGUGGUGUCUGUGAUCAACCUGGAGCCCAGGACUGGCUUCUCGUCCAACCCCAGGGCCUGGGGCCGCUUUGACAGUGUCAUUACAGGCCCCAAUGGGGCCUGUGUGCCUGCCUUCUGCGAUGACCAGUCCCCUGAUGCCUACUCCGCCUACGUCUUGGCAAGCCUGGCUGGGGAAGAACUAGAAGCAGUGGAGUCUUCUCCUAAAUUCAACCCAAAUGCAAUUGGCGUCCCUCAGCCCUACCUCAACAAGCUCAAGUACCGUCGGACAGACCAUGAGGACCCACGGGUUAAGAAGACAGCUUUCCAGAUCAGCAUGGCCAAGCCAAGGCCCAAUUCAGCUGAGGAAAGCAAUGGGCCCAUCUACGCCCUUGAGAACCUCCAGGCAUGUGAGGAGGCACCACCCAGUGCGGCCCACUUCCGUUUCUACCAGAUUGAGGGGGAUCGGUAUGACUACAACACAGUCCCCUUCAAUGAAGACGACCCCAUGAGCUGGACUGAAGACUACCUGGCAUGGUGGCCCAAGCCAAUGGAGUUCAGGGCCUGCUACAUCAAGGUGAAGAUCGUGGGGCCACUGGAGGUGAAUGUGCGAUCCCGCAACAUGGGGGGCACCCACCGGCAGACAGUGGGGAAGCUGUACGGAAUCCGGGAUGUGAAGAGCACACGGGACAGGGACCAGCCCAAUGUCUCAUCUGCCUGUUUGGAGUUCAAGUGCAGUGGGAUGCUCUAUGAUCAGGACCGUGUGGACCGUACACUGGUGAAGGUCAUCCCCCAGGGCAGCUGCCGUCGAGCUAGUGUAAACUCCAUGCUACAUGAGUACCUGGUCAACCACCUACCACUGGCAGUCAACAAUGACACCAGUGAGUACACCAUGCUGGCACCCCUGGAUCCACUGGGCCACAACUACGGCAUCUACACUGUCACUGACCAGGACCCUCGCACGGCCAAGGAGAUUGCACUUGGCCGGUGCUUCGAUGGUUCAUCUGACGGCUCCUCCAGAGUCAUGAAGAGCAACGUUGGAGUGGCCCUCACCUUUAACUGCGUAGAGAGGCAAGUGGGCCGCCAGAGUGCCUUCCAGUACCUCCAAAGCACCCCGGCCCAGCCCGCCGCCACAAGCAUUGUCAGAGGAAGAGUGCCUUCAAGGAGGCAGCAGCGGUCAAGUAGGGGUGGCCAGCGCCAGCGCAGAGAGGUGGCCUCUCUGAGGUUCAGCAGCCUCUGA